GCCAGCGGCCCUGCUCAGCCGGGCCACCUCGGCCCGGGGGCUUCGGCUGUCCAGCCCGAGCUCUCUUUUCCGUGGGGUGGUUUGCGCCCCCGCUCCUUGGAGGCGUCAUGAAGUCCCCGGUUCCGGAUCUGGCCGCGAGCGACGGCGAGGAGGGCUCGGACCGCACGCCGCUCCUGCAGCGCGCCCCGCGGGCGGAAGCCGCUCCGGUGUGCUGCUCUGCUCGUUACAACCUAGCAUUUUUGGCUUUUUUUGGUUUCUUCGUUCUCUAUUCAUUACGGGUGAAUCUGAGUGUUGCAUUAGUGGAUAUGGUGGAUUCAAACACAACUGCAGCAGAUAACAGAACUUCCAGCGAGUGUGCAGAGCAUUCUGCUCCCAUAAAAGUUCUUCAUAACCAAACGGGUAAAAAGUACCAAUGGGAUGCGGAAACUCAAGGAUGGAUUCUCGGGUCUUUUUUUUAUGGCUACAUCAUCACACAGAUUCCUGGAGGAUAUAUUGCCAGCAGAAGUGGGGGGAGACUGCUGCUGGGAUUUGGGAUCCUCGGCACCGCCGUCUUCACGCUGUUCACUCCCCUCGCUGCAGAUUUCGGAGUUGGAGCCCUCGUUGUACUCAGGGCAUUAGAAGGACUAGGAGAGGGUGUCACAUUUCCAGCCAUGCAUGCCAUGUGGUCUUCCUGGGCACCCCCUCUUGAAAGAAGCAAGCUUCUGAGCAUUUCAUAUGCAGGAGCACAGCUUGGGACAGUAGUUUCUCUUCCUCUUUCUGGAAUAAUUUGCUUCUAUAUGAAUUGGACUUAUGUCUUCUACCUCUUUGGUGCGGUUGGAAUCAUUUGGUUUACUUUAUGGGUCUGGUUCGUUAGUGACACACCAGAAACUCACAAGACAAUCUCCCGCUGUGAAAAGGAAUACAUUCUUUCAUCCUUAAGAAAUCAGCUCUCUUCAGAGAAGUCAGUACCGUGGACACCCAUGCUGAGAUCACUGCCACUGUGGGCUAUUGUAGUUGCACAUUUUUCUUACAACUGGACUUUUUAUACUUUGUUGACUUUAUUGCCUACUUAUAUGAAGGAGGUCCUAAGGUUCAAUAUUCAAGAGAAUGGGUUUUUAUCUGCAGUCCCUUAUUUAGGCUCUUGGUUAUGUAUGAUCCUGUCUGGUCAGGUUGCUGACAAUUUAAGGGCAAAAUGGAAUUUUUCAACUCUAUGUGUUCGAAGAGUUUUUACCCUUAUAGGAAUGAUCGGACCUGCAGUAUUCCUGAUAGCCGCUGGAUGUAUAGGCUGUGACUAUUCUUUGGCUGUUGCAUUCCUAACCAUAUCAACAACACUGGGAGGCUUUUGCUCUUCUGGAUUUAGCAUCAACCAUCUGGACAUUGCUCCCUCGUACGCUGGUAUCCUCCUGGGCAUCACGAAUACCUUUGCCACUAUUCCCGGAAUGAUUGGGCCCAUCAUUGCUAGAAGUCUGACCCCUGAGAACACUAUUGCAGAAUGGCAAAUUGUUUUCUGCAUCGCUGCUGCUAUUAACGUAUUUGGUGCCAUCUUCUUCACACUAUUCGCCAAAGGUGAAGUGCAAAAGUGGGCCAUCAGUGAUCACCGUGUACACAUAAACUGAAGGAACCAAUAAACAAUCCUGUCUCUAUUAAUGUAUUUUUUUAUCAUGUAACCUAAAAGUGCCUUUGCUAUUUUAAUGUGUAAGCAAUCUGUAUACAAGAAAAAAAUUGUACUGUAUUAAAUUUCUAAGGUUCAUAAUCAUGAAAUGUCACUAGUUGCCAGAUUAGUAAAAUUAGCUAUUUUUAAUUAUUAAUAACAUGUUUGCUGGAACUUACAAUUCAGGGUCACAUACCUGGCUGCAAGUGGACCCCUCUAUACCUUUGCUUAAUUAAGCUGGAUAAUGAUUCUCAGGUCUUGGUAAACACCUGUUUUUGUACACUUUCCUCAAAACAUUAUCUGUCAUCAGCAGUCCCCUGACACUUAGGUCUCAAACAUCUCCACGGAGCUGCCAGCCACUGUAUCAUUCAGCCUGGCAACUUCACCGAGGGAAGCAUGCCCAGGCAGCUGCCAAGCAUUCCCUCUCUGACUUCAGGGACAGUGCCCAGCACUUACCAGAGGCAGCAUCCAAGACCAGGGUCAGCGCCAAGGCUUUGGAUGGUGUUCUUCCCCUGGGGCUUUUAAUGUGUGGAUGAAGCCCUGAGCCGGCGGGGAUAGGGCAGUCCACAGCCAUGGUUUCCAUACAUGUUCACCCUUUCCCUUCCCAGCGCACUGGAAUAUUGCCUGGCAUGUAACCUGCAGGAGAAAGUGUCAUGCCCAAUUAGCCACAAAUAACAUCGUCCUACCUUCGCGUGGGUCAGAGUAUAAAUUUUCAAGUCCUGUGUUCUAUGAGCUACACCAGAAUAAUUAAAUUAAAAAAAAAAAAAACACUUUCACACUUUUUUCUCUCUGUCUUACAUGUAAGUGUCUGGUUGCAGUUCAAGGUUAAAAUGACUUUGACUUCCACAUCACCUGCAGCCGGUGGUAUAAUUAUCUUUAUUGCUGGUUUCUGAAAUCUUAUUUUUCCAUUUUUUCCUGGACCAUCUUCCAGUUGUUUUUGAACAUGCUUUGAGGGCAUUUAUACGAUUUAGAACUUGAUUUAUGUUUUGUUGUGUAUGUUCAACACUACCUGUAACAUUUUAACUAAAGUUAUUUAAUGUAAUAUGAUGUGUAUACAUUUCUGAAAUUUAUUUUUAAAUCUGUAAAUAGCUUUAAGUUGCUAUGGUGAUAUUUCUUUUAUAAAUCAUCAAAAUAAAUCUUUUUGG